AUGAACAUCCUCGUCUGCCCGUCCGGCUUCAAAGGCAGUAUCGACCCUCCCACCGCAGCCGACUGCAUCGAAGCCGGCAUUCGGCGCGCGCUGCCCUCCGCCCAGAUCCGCAAGGUACCACUUGCAGACGGCGGCGAGGGCUUCGCGCGCGCCCUGACAGCCGCAGGGCGCGGCCAACUACGCCAGCUCACCGUAACCGGGCCCGUCGGCGUCCCCGUCCCGUCCUUCUACGGCGUCAUCGGGCAGGGCGCGGCGCGCACAGCGGUGCUGGAGAUGGCCGCGGCGGCCGGGCUGAGUCUGGUACCGCGCGACUGCCGCAACCCCUGCGUGACGACCACCUACGGCGUCGGGGAGCUGAUGGCCGCGGCGCUGGAUGAAGGCGUGCAGCGGGUUAUUGUCGGGUGCGGCGACUCGGGCACCAGCGACGGCGGCGCGGGGAUGCUCCAGGCGCUGGGGGCGCGGUUGCUCGCCCGCGGCGGCGUCGAGAUUCCCCGUGCUGCCGGUGGUCAGGCGCUGGGGGCGCUGGAGCGGAUUGAUCUUUCUGGACUGCAUCCGCGUCUGAAAGAGGUUGAGAUUGAGGUCGCGUGCAACUGGAAGAAUGUGCUCUGCGGGCCGAAUGGGGUGGCGCGUGUGUACGGCCCGCAGAAGGGGGCGAGUCCUAAGCAGACUGAAACGCUGGACAGUGCGUUGGCGGUCUACGCUGGUGUGGUGGAGGGCAUCCUCGGCCAGGAUAUCUCGCAGAUGCCUGGGAGUGGCGCGUCCGGCGGCUUGGGUACCGGCCUGCUGCUCCUCGGGGCGACGCUGCGGCCGCGGUACGAGGCGAUUAUGGAAUAUUUUAACCUGGAGGGGCUGUUUGAAGACUGCGAUUUAAUAUUCACGGCUGAGGGAGGUAUCGACUUCCAGACGCCGCGAGGAAAGAUCCCGGCUGAGGUGGCGAUGCGCGCGAAGAAGUACCAGAUCCCGGUUAUUGCGCUGGCGGGCACGAUUGGGGACGAGGCCGAGCUGAAUUACGACGUCGGCAUUAACGCGUAUACGUCGAUCCUGCAGCGUCCGUCUACCCUGGAGGAGGCUAUCGUCGAGGCGGAGCGUCUGCUGACGGAGAGUGCAGAGGGUGUUAUGCGCAUGGUGGUUGUUGGACGGAAGUUGGCAGGGGCUGCAUGA